UAGCACCUGUCGGGAGCGUUCGGUCGAGUAGCUGAGAUUGCGGUAGUGAGGGAGUUAAUAGAGACUGAGAGUCGUUCAUUUCAACUCUUUCAUUUCAUGAAUUCGUCUGAAAGUUAUAUAAAGUAUUGUUGAUAUCAUGCGGUUAAUGUAACUUCAAACACAAAGCUAUUGGAGCGGUUAUUAUCAUCUAUAAGCUAACAAACGGUUACUAGAGUGCGCCUGUCAAACCGCUCCCCGCCCUGAGAGCUGUCACAUCACGGAGAGCUGGACAGGCAGGAAACAUGACCAGUUUAGCUAGUAAAGUUUUCGGCAGGGUCGACAGGGUGUGCCGCCACCUCCCAGUGUUCCUCAACACCUUCCUGGUGUUCUCCAUCACCGGGGAGGUGAGUUACUUGGUGCUGGUGGAGGCGGACCAGCAGAAGACGGAGUGGUCCGGCUGGUGGAAGGCGGUCCACCUGCUGGCUCAGUACUUCAUGCUCGGGAACAUCUGCUGGAACGCCCUGCUCUUCCUCCAGACCAGCCCCAGCAUCAGGGGGGUGUUCCUGGGGGGAGAUGGCAUGGGUCAGGGGUGGAGGUACUGUUAUACAUGUGAGACACACACUCCUCCUCGCUGCUCCCACUGCUACGACUGCAAAGUGUGUGUGCUGCGGCGGGAUCACCACUGUGUCUUUUUUGGCCAGUGCGUGGGCUUCCGUAACUACCGCUACUUCCUGAGCUGCUUGUUAUUUAUGUGGUCUGGGCUCCUGUACGCCACUCUGAUGAAUGCAGAGGUCUUCAUUGUCAUAUUGAAGGAGGGUGUGACAUUGCAUAGCGUCAUGCUGCUGGUCAUACCCUGGAUCAUGCUGGUGUCAGGCCAGGUGUCACCAGGUGCCUUUGCCUUCGCAUUCAUCGCCGACACAUGCGUGGUGGGCUUCCUGCUGGUGUCCGCCUUCUUCUUCUUCCACAUAAUCCUGAUGUUUCGGGGACAGACCACCAGGGAAUGGUACUCGACCCGCCGACCUUACAACCUCGGCGUCCUGGGAAACCUACGUCACUGUCUGGGUGUUCGCUGGUACCUCUGCUGGCUCUGCCCUCUCAUCCCAUCACCUCUCCCCGGAGACGGGAUACACUUCCAGCUCACAGGAUCGCUGGACCCCAGCCGGUAACAGCUGAAAGUCUGAAUAUGAACAAGCCGUGUGUCUUUGCUUUAGUGGUGAUAGUUAAUGUAAUCGGGAGCAGCAGCUGUAACAAAGGACACCUCAGUUCACGGAGAGGUAGCUUGGGAUGGGAAGAAGACAGAGCAGUGUGGUGGUUUAAGAUGUGACUGGGUAUAUCUGUCUACCGAUAUUUUCUCCGUAGCCUUUACCCGUGCGGGGACAACGAAAUGAUGGGCCUACUUCAGAAGGGUACAUUGACCUCCAUUUAAAGGUAUUCUGUAUAUUAACACAGAAAUUAGCAGUGUUCCGCUGGAAUACUGAGCCAUGAAGACGUAUCAGGACAACUCUGAAAUGAGAAUGGAGUAACAUAUAUAGGUUUAAAUUCUUGUUUACAAGCACUUGCGACAGCUGACUACAACCUCUGGGUAGUCACUUGAAUCGGCCUUUUUCGUACUGUUUUUUUUAAUAUAAAUCUGAAGGUUAUAAUCAGUUUGGCCUUGAUGAUGACAAGUCCAAUAGGAUUCUAAAUCUUCUGUUCGUUAGCAGUGAUUUUGUUUUCCACUAAUCGACAGCCACUCCUGAGCUCCAGCUGAUGUAUUACACUGUGCUCUCUGCUGGUUUUUGUUGCAUCGAGUAAGACAUAAAGACCACUGAGAGGGGGGGGGGGUUCACAAUGAAGGAAAACAUUUGUAAGAAAACAGUCAAUAGAAAUUGCACAUAACAUAACAUUUAGUAGGAAUAAAUCGAAUAAACUGAAUUGUUCAGUUCUGAUUCUGAACCUGUGGCCCGUCCUUACGACAUAUUAAUUGAAAGAAAAUAUAUAAUUAUUUUGUUAUUAACACUAUGUACUCAAAGCCUGCUUUGAUCUUCCAUUUAGUAUGGAUUUGGGACACAGUUAACAUUUCUCACAGCCGUUGAUGCCAACUGACUUUUGCUACGUCAGUACCAUCUUUUUUCUCUCUCUCUUUUGCACUUUUGUUUUUGUUAUUUUAUUCCUACUCGCUGUAAAUGGAAAUAAAAAUGACAAGCCUUUGUUCUGACAGGUAAUCGCACUUGUCCUAAAAGAUCUGCCAAAUAUUGUUUGUUUAGGUUUUAUUAAUUGUUUGCUAUUAUAUAUACGGUAUGUCUUCCUAUUUCUUUUUGUUGGCCAUUUUAUAUGGGUCACACCCAAUAAAUUAUCUCAAGGGAAGACCAGAGCCAUGGAUACUUUUUUUUAUUGUAUUAUUAUAUGUUUGUUUUUUGUGUUGUAAUAGCAAAAUGUGGAUUUGUGGGAAGUGUUUUCUGCUGUUUUCUAAUAAUUUUACACAUGCAUGCUUGAGUGAAA